GCGCAGCCAUUUCGUUUCGAAAUAUGUCCGGAGUCACAGUACUGGUGACGUUUUGAUACGAUUCAAGAUUGUUUUUUGACGUUUUCGACGCGUGCGACGCUGGAUUAACGUUAUGAUGCAGCAACAAAUGUGUCAGUCGGAUCAGCUUAGCCAACAGCCCAUGGCCCAGCAGAUGUCACAACAGAUGAUGUUGUGUCCCGUCAAAGUCGUCUACGAAACACAAAUCUUAGUUCCACCAGGAGAACAAAUCCAGCCAAACCAAACCAUCUUUAUAAACCCACAAAACACACCACCAUGGAUACAAAACCGGAUGCAAAACCAAGUAUUUUACGUCCAACAGAUGCCAAACAAUAUCGUACCUAAUAUGCAACAGAAUAUAGACCCAAAUCAAAUGUACAUACAAAACUAUCCAUACCAUAUCGCGCAGCAGAUAAUUGCACAAAACACACAGGAGCAAAGGCCAAUGCAGUUACAAAACAUGCCUCAACAAUACAAUAUGAUGCAAACUGUGCCAAAUGUUGGAGCCAAUCUACCAGAAAGGACUGUUCAAAUGACAAACCUUUGCCAAAUGCCAAAUCAAAUAGUUCCUAAUAGACAAAUGGCGCCAAAUAUUGGAGUAAGUAUGCCAAACCAACAGCAGCCGAUAAACGAAGUACAAAGAACUUUUAUGAACGUUCGACCUCAGAUACACCAGUACCUUAGCAACGCGAGGCCUCAAGUCAUGCAGAAUCCGAAUGUCAUGACCCAAAACGUAGGUCAAACAUUUGCGACAUUACCACCGCGACCAGUACAAAUUAGUAGCCAAAAUAUAUCAAACAUCCAACGGAUGGUCACAACCAGUUUGCCAAACAAUCCGCCACGAGUGAAUGUGGCGACAUACGCUGCCUCCAACCCUGUACAGAUGGCACCGAAAGUAGAAACAGCAACAAAUACAAACAUCGUUCCUAAACACAGUAUAGCCAAUACUGUUCCAAAAACAACAAACGUACAAAAUUAUACUUUCAAAGCUGUUCAACCUAGGCCACAAUAUAGGCAUAAUGUGCCAAAUAUAGGUAAGCUUAUACAGCCUACUCCGCACGUUAACGCAACUACUUACAAAGAUAGAGUUAACGCCAAUAAUCCAGCGAAUGUCGAGAACACACAAUUUAAUAGGAAAAGGAAAAGUGAAUCUCCCGACGAAGUCUAUAAGAAGAUGAUGAUUAAUCCGGCUAGUCGAGUGAGCAACACACAAACAAAUGACACAAAGGAGGCAGUUCAUAGCGUCCUUAAAAAGAUGUUAAACGAAAAUACAAUUCUGCAAAGAAAUAGCAAUGGAGCUCAUCUUGUGAAACUUGAUGAACCAGUCACCACAACAAGUACAACAUCAAUUGCAAGUCAGACUGAAAAAGAGAAACUACUAAGGAACACAGUAUUCACACAGGCAAAAGGCAGAGUUCUCAGUGAUAAAGAAAUUGUACCAAAGGAGAUUAUCAAAACAGAUACUAAAAUCGCUAAAGAAACUGAAGUCAAAAAUGAACAUAGUAUAACAAUCAUAAAGAUUGAAUAUCCGGACGAAAAAUUAUCUAAAGUAGAACAGGAUAUUAAAAAGGAAAUUGUGAAAGAAGAGAUUCCAGAAAAGAAGGAGCCAGAAAAGAAAGUUCUAGCUGAAGUUAAGGAACCGAAAAUAGAAUUUAGAGACAAACUGUUGAAUGGCCAUCAGAUCCUCACUCAUGUGUUAGAUGGAUACGUCAUUCAAGAAUCUAAUGUAGCUUUCCCUAUUCGAAAACCGUUGAAAGAAAAAAUCACUUCAAACAACGGUAAAGAAAUAAAAGAAGAAGGAGUUGAUACAAAGGAUUCUACGAUAGAGAGAGUUCCGAUUGACUUGCCGCUGUUACCUUUUCACUUCUUGCAAUUAGACAACGAAGAGGAAAAACAAGAGAGUAGCACUAAAGAAGAAAUAGAAGAAAAACCUUUCACAAAAGUGCAGAAAAAUAUUGUGAAGUCAUGGACGGUGGAACAGCUAGCAGACUACAUGACGAAACACAGCUGGAACGAACCAGCAUCCCUAUUCAGAGACCAUGAAAUUGAUGGAGAGUCCUUAUUCCUGGUCUCCAAAGCACAACUCUUACACAUAGGCAUUAGUGAAGAACACGCUGAUAUAAUCUGCGAAUUUGUUAAAAAUUAAUUACAGCGCAGAUAUAGGCCGAUUGUAUAUUGCAAUAUUAGUUAUUUAAAUUUUAUAUUUGUGAAGUCUAUUCUGAAGUGAUUACUUUUAAAAAUGGUCCCUUGCUUGCCAAAUCACGCCGUUCUAAUGCAGGUACCCGGUCUUUGCUACCAAUUUACCUAUUAUACUUGCUUACUAAUUUUUUUAUCAGAAAUAAUCUGAAACCAGUAAAAUCAGACUGCACAUUUUUUUUAUCGAAACUAAUGUGACACUAGACCAUAACAAUUGCACUCCAAGCGCCGUCCGACGAGCUUCAAGUCUUUACUCUGAUCAUGCGACCCAUGUUUUGGCAGAUGUAGGGUUUUGUACGAUUUGAUCGGAAUACCUAUUUUGGCAUUAAAAGUCGCGUCUGAGGCGGAAAUUUCCUGAAGUUUGACUUCUGCUAGAGGAUAGUUAAUGUAUCGCAUUCUUAAUAAAAUAAUGACCCAUUCUAAAAUUGCCAAUUUGUGGGAAUCGUCAAACAACCAAUUUCUGUUUGCGACCUUUUAGUUUUUUCCCUUUUUUUUUCAUGCUAUAGGUUUCAUUAUUUACCUAUCUUUAAUAAGCUCAAUUUUAUAGCAACUUCAAAAUAAAAGGUAGCAAACAAAAAUUAGUUUUCCGACGACUGCCACAAAUUAACAAUUUUGAAAUAGGUCAUUAUUUUAUAAAGAGUGCGGACUAUUAUCAGCUUACACAAUGAUGGAAGCAUCGUGCUACGUUCAUGGCAUGGCUUCCUUCACCUAAGAGGCUGUAAAACGUGAUGGGGUAAUGCAAAAAGCAUCAUACUAGAUAUGGAAUAAGGUUUAUUGAUAAAGAUUAGGAAAUUUGUAAAUAGUUUAAACAUAAUCUGACUUAGUUAUAAUUUACUUUUUUGUAUUUAUUUAAAUUUUUACUCCCUUUCGAAAAACAACAACAACAUUAAAGUUAAGAAACAGAGAAAAAAGCUGAUUAUGUUAACCAAGGAUUAAAAUGUUAAUAAUGGAAAAUACUUUAGUAAAUAAGUCUUCUGGGAGCUUAAUAUACUUAAGCCAAUAAAAAAAUAGUUAGACAAUUGAAUUAGUUACAAAAUGAGGGGAAAAAAUGACACGCCAAGAAAUUUAAACAUCAUGCAAGGCCAUUAAGUCCGUACAUAGACUGCUAGUGCAAGGGAGCUAUGUCCAUUUGACAGCUAUAAUAGUUUCGUAGAUUGUACCAACAUUACAAACAUUCAUAGAUCACGUGUUCAUCCUCCAAGCGUCUGUUAUAUCCUAGGUUUAAGCAAAUGUUUCUCAAGACCUACUGUAAAAUAUUAUUUUAAGAAAUCUACAUUUAAAUGAAUAUGUAUUAUAUUUAUUGCGAUGAAUAAACAUCAUAAGUGACCACUGA